AUGUCUUCGUCGUCAGGCCAUAACAAAGCUAUAGGACACUCGACCAGUGUUACGUACGACAUUUUCGUUGGAAAUCUACCCGCCGAUGCUAACGAGAAAAAUGUUGGACGUUUGUUUUCUAAAUUUGGAGAAAUUCAAUCAAUCUCUGUUAGAGACAACAAUAGUACACCUGGUACUAAAAUUUCCUCUCAACAAGUUCCUUCUGCUACGUCCCCCAGACCUCGUUCUGUCAUCCACCUGCUCAAGCCCGCCAGGAAUGUCACGCACUGCUUUCCCUUGUCCCUCUUUCCCUUGUCCCUCUUUCCCUUGUCCCUCUUUCCCUUGUCCCUCUUUCCCUUGUCCCUCUUUCCCUUGUCCCUCUUUCCCUUGUCCCUCUUUCCCUUGUCCCUCUUUCCCUUGUCCCUCUUUCCCUUGUCCCUCUUUCCCUCUAUUUUCUAUUUGAUCUGCCACCCUCCUCUGUCCCCUUCUCUUCCCACCACCCUCCUCUGUCCCCUUCUCUUCCCACCACCCUCCUCUGUCCCCUUCUCUUCCCACCACCCUCCUCUGUCCCUUCUCUUCCACCACCCCCCUCCUCUGUCCCUUCUCUUCCCACCACCCUCCUCUGUCCCCUUCUCUUCCCACCACCCCUCCUGUGUCCCUUCUCUUCCCACCACCCUCCUCUCUGUCCCCUUCUCUUCCCACCACCCUCCUCUGUCCCCUUCUCUUCCCACCACCCUCCUCUGUCCCCUUCUCUUCCCACCACCCUCCUCUGUCCCCUUCUCUCUCAAAAAUAAUACAACUGCCAUUGAAGUUUUGCUCUUGAUUUCUUCAUGGAAAUUAGACUUUCUUUUUUCUUUAUCACACAGGUAUGUGCGCUACUAUUGUGAUGAGGAUUCCAAGAAAGCCGUUGAAGAAUGCAAUGGCUGUGAGGUAGACGGCAAUCGAAUCAUAGUGAAGAAAACAGGCAAGAAUGACAAGAGACAAAGACUCCCUGGAGACAAAUCACAAUCUACAGGAAAUAAAGCUGUUGAUAAAAGAAUGGACAAAAUGAACAACAGAGGACCAGACAUCGUGCCAUUUGAGGACCGACCAAACCGGCAUGGAGGAAACAACAAGCAAGAUGGCAAAAGUUCUCGUUCCAGUCAAUCCUCUUUGGAGGAUUCUGGAGAUGAAACAGUCUUAGUAAGUUAUGUGGAAAACUGUAAUGUCUUGUGGGUGCAAGUUGUGAAUGAAGAUGUACAGGAACGUCUCCUUUUUGUGUCCAACCAAUUGGCAGAGAUAUGUCCUUCGGCGAAAAUGGCUGACAAUUUCCAACUUAUUAAGAUCUAUGCGGCUAAAUUUUCUGAAGAUCAGCUGUGGUAUCGAUGUAUUAUUAGGGAACAGCUUGGUUCCAACAGGGUGCGAGUUCUGUUUGUGGACUAUGGCAAUGAAGAAGAGAUGGCUGCAGCUAAUGUUGUUGAGGUUCCCCAAUCUUUAUGUGAAUUCAAGCCAUUUGCCAGGAAAGUGAUUUUACAUUUGACUAAAAGCAAGAAGUUCAAUGAUGAGAAGGGGGUAGCAUUUGUGAAGGAGUUUACCAAUGGUAAGCUGCUCAGACUCCGGCCUUCUGUUCGUCUGACAGAUGGCACAGGCAUUUAUGGAGAAUUAUUCUAUGAAGGCAUGAACUUGACUGACCUAUUUGUGCAGGAGGGUUACAUUGUGAAGAAAAUUCUACAUCAGAAAAACAAUCAAACAAUACCUGUACCUUCCCCUCUGUUAACUCUAAGCUGUUCUCAGCCACCACUUUCAUCAUCUACCUCCUCUUCCCUAUCUACCUCCAACAUGGCAAGCCUCAAUGCUGGACCUUUACCAGCACCCUGCAGCAACAUGGACCAGUUGAUUAAUAUGAACAAGGCAGUCAUCUCCCAUGAUAGAAGAGAAAUGACUUCCACUUCACCAAGCUGGGGUUCUGUUGAAAAUAUGAGUCUUAUCCAGUUGAGAUCAGAAUUAACUUCGGUUAAACAAGAAUUAGUUCAAACCAGGCAAGAGAAUAAUGUUCUGUCUGUGGAAUUGGCAAAUACUCGCACCAAGCUAAAGAAUUUACAAGUAGAAUAUAACAACAAACUUGCAGAGGAGUCACCACACGCACUGCUUAAAAAAAUUAACAGUUUAAUAGAAAAGGUCAAAAAACUAAGGAGCCAGUUUCCAAGCAAUGGUGAAGGGAGUUCAAGCACUUUGGCUAAAGCAAUUGAGUUAGCCACCAGUUGUGACCGAAUGCACACACUGUCUCCUGGUUCCCUCAACACAGUCAACAGCUUGAUUUCAGUGUUCAACACUUUACAAAAAGAGAUUCUCAGUACUGAUAAGGAUCAACCUCCUCAUACUCUCUCUGUCUCUCUCUCAUACUCUCUCUCUCUCGCCAGUCCCUCAUACUCUCUCUGUCUGUCGCGCCCUCAUACUCUCUCUCUCUGCCUCCUCCCUCAUACUCUCUCUGUCUGUCUGUCCAAGCUCCCCUCGCCUCUCUGUCUGUCACAAGACUCCCUCAUACUCUCUCUGUCUGUCCCAAGACUCCUCUCUCUCUGUCUGUCGCCCUCAUACUCUCUCUGUCUGUCGCACUCCCCUCAUUCUCUGUCUGUCUGUCGCGACUCCCUCAUACCUCUCUCUGUCUGUCGAAAGCACUCCCUCUCUUGUCUGUCGCCCUCCCUCGCAUACUCUCUCUGUCUGUCGCCAAGACAUCCUCUUCUCUCUGUCUGUCGCAAGACUCCCUCAUCUCUCUCUGUCUGUCGCAAGACCCUCAUACUCUCUCUGUCUGUCGCGCACUCCCUCAUACUCUCUCUGUCUGUCGCGCACUCCCUCAUACUCUCUCUCUGUCUGUCGCCAAGACUUCAUACUCUCUCUGUCUGUCGCCUCCCUCAUACUCUCUCUGUCUGUCGCCUCCCUCAUCUCUCUGUCUGUCGCGCCCUCCCUCAUACUCUGUCUGUCGCUCCCUCAUACUCUCUCUGUCUGUCGCGCACUCCCUCAUACUCUCUCUGUCUGUCGCGCACUCCCUCAUACUCUCUCUGUCUGUCGCGCACUCCCUCAUACUCUCUCUCUCUCUCUCUAAAAAGUGAACUUGAUGAAUUGAUAGAAACACGGGACACAACUCGUCUAAAACUGUAUGAAAAUUUAUCUGCUUGUUUGGCUGAUCUGUCUAACAUUCCACUGGAAGAUAAAUUAAAUCAAAUGCAGGAUGUAGUUAACACAUUAGGAAUGGAAUAUAAAAACUUUCUUCAUUUUUCAAUCCACUCUGUCCCUCCCCUGGCAGAUCUUUUGCCAGCAUAUACAGAAUGGAAGAGGAAAAAAGAGAUCGAAUUUCAAAAAGUUCGAACAGAGACCGAUUCCAGUCGGAAAGGUUUAAGUAAAUCUUUACUGCUUAUUGAUGAGCAAAUGAAGCUCACUUGUUCCUUAGCACCAAGCGAGGAAAUCCCGGAUCUGCAAUAUUGGCUGAAACAGUUCACACAGGUUUUGCAACAAGAAAUUGCAGUGACCGAUUUGGAACACAGUCGAAAUGCAACUUUUGUUACUUCCAUCCUGCAUGCAGUAAAGAGAGAACUUGAUAGUGAACAGAAAACCUUUUCAGACUUCCAUCGAUACAUCACAGAAUUCAAGAAGCUGAAGGAUGAUUUAUAUCCAUGGUUACACCAGAAACCCCAACUGAAUGAGCUGCAAGAGUCAAAGAAAAAAGUACGAGGGCUUAAAUCUCAACUUCGGCACAAACUAGCUGACCUCCAAGAUAUUGAGGAGAAUGAAGGUUACAAUGAUCACCAUGUGAAAAUGAAAAAAGAACUUGAAGAAGUCAGGGCCAAUUUGCAUCAAGCAAUUACUGAAGAAGAUGAACAUAUGGCUCAAAUUGCCAGAGAAGCUGAACAACACUUUCCAGAGUUAAUGCUGCAAAACUCUGAACUAGGAUUGAACAGUUAUUUGAGUUACAAUGGAAUGGUGAAAGUUGGCCGAGAACCUGACCAUUACAGCCUAGACAAGCAAAUAGCCCCAGGAAUCUACCAGUAA